AUGUCGGAUACCGUCGACAAUAAGAACGCUGCCGACAAGGCAGUUUCAGACAUCAUGGAGAUCGAAGACUCCAAGAUGGAUACAAACCCCGACACCAAUCGUCUUGCCUUAGCGCAGAUGAUGGGGUCUGAGGAGUUCAAGCUUGCUGAGAAGAAGCUCAAGCGGAAGCUUGAUAUUCGACUUUUGGCAGUUAUGUGGCUCAUUUUCGUCCUCAAUUAUCUCGAUAGAAAUAACAUUGCAGCUGCGAAGGUUGCUGGUAUUUCCAAGUCGCUUCAUAUGUCAGCGACGCAGUAUGCCACAGCUGUGGCGAUUCUAUUCGUUGGUUACGUCCUAAUGCAAAUCCCAUCCAACAUAUUCCUAUCACAGAUCAGACCGUCCUUGUAUAUUCCUGCCGUCAUGGCUAUAUGGGGCAUUAUCUCAGCUUGCGCUGGCGUUGUCACAAACCCAGCGGGUCUGUACGCAGCUCGAUUCUUUUUGGGAUUUGUAGAAGCCGCAUUUUAUCCCGGUGCCCUAUUCCUGAUUUCCUCAUGGUAUAAGCGAUCUGAGAUGGGUGUGCGAAGCGCAAUUUUGUUCUCCGCCACGCAACUGGGCAGUGCCUUCUCUGGUCUCAUCGGAGCUGGAAUCCAGUACGGUCUUGACGGUGCACGUGGAAAGCCUUCAUGGAGAUGGAUGUUCAUCAUCGAGGGCUCUAUCACCGUCUUCGUCGCACUGUGUGCCUUCCUCAUCCUUCCAGAUUGGCCAUCGACUACUAGAUGGCUGACACCAACCGAGCGUGCUGUUGCGGAAUGGCGACUUAUCGAAGACGCAGGACAGGUAGAUGAGGACGAUGCCCACUGGGGCACCGGCUUCAAGCUUGCGUUCAAGGACUUCCGUCUUUACAUUUUUGCAUUCAUCUUCUUCUGCCUCCAGGUUGCCAGCGCCACUUCGAACUUCUUCCCUACCGUCGUUGGCACUCUUGGAUUCAACAGGGUGAAUACUCUUCUCCUGACCGUCCCCCCGUACUUUGUUGCUAUGUUUACCUCAAUCUUCAACAACUGGUCUGCCGACAGGCGACAAAACUCCUCCUUCCAUGUUAUGUGGCCCCUCGCCAUCGCCAUCGUUGGCUUCGUUGUCGCGGCGGCGAGCCUGAAUACCGGUGCCCGCUACUUCGCCAUGGUUCUCAUGAUUGCAGGAGGGCACGGCUCGAAUGCCGUCGUUCUUGCCUGGACGCAGAAGACCCUCAUACGACCUCGUGUCAAGCGCGCUUCAGCGGUCGCUUUCGUCAACGCGUUCGGAAAUAUUGCACAGGUCUGGACCAGUUAUCUGUGGGACGACAAAACCGCCCCCCGCUACGCGCUCGCCAUGUCCGUGAACUCAGCUUUCGCGCUCCUAGCCAUUGUCGGCGCAUUAGUCAUGCGCCUCAUCCUGCAGCGCGCCAACAAGAAGCUUGAUGCAGGCGGAGCUGGCGUCGCAGAUGUCAUGAAGGGAGAGUCUCAGGCGGCUAUCGCGGGUUUGUCCGAAGAGGAGAGGAACCUCCGAAGGGAGGGCUUCCGCUACAUCCUAUAG